CACCACCUGACAACUGGACGUUGGGACCACAUAUCUGCAUUUUGAAAAGACUCAACGUCGUAGGAAGUUCUUCUGGUAUGCAAUCAAGGUCCCUCCUAGAGGAAAAUGUCAAGUAAGUCAGUGACCAGUAAUGUGACCAAUAAAAAUGACCCCAAGUCCAUCAACUCCAGAGUCUUCAUUGGUAACCUAAACACAGCCAUUGUGAAGAAGGCAGAUGUGGAGGCCAUCUUUGGGAAGUACGGCAAGAUAGUGGGGUGCUCUGUGCACAAAGGAUAUGCGUUUGUGCAGUACGUAUUUGAACGGAAUGCCCGGGCUGCAGUGGCUGGAGAACACAACAGGAUAGUGGCUGGGCAACCACUGGAUAUAAACAUGGCUGGGGAACCCAAACCGUACAGACCCAAAGCUGGACAGAAGAGGCCUGUCAGUGCUUUGUAUGGUGGCUAUGACUUUGACUAUGACUAUUACAGAGAUGGAUUCUAUGACAGGAUGUACGACUACCACAGGGUCCCCCAGCCAAGCCGGGCAGUACCAGCUGUCAAGCGCCAGCGCGUCAUGGUCUCCGUUCCCCGGAGAAGCAAGGGCAGCUUCCCCGUCAAGAGUGGACCAAGGUCAAGUUCCGCCCCGACCCCAUCAGCUGGGACAAAAUUGAAAGCUGAUGACCUGCAGACAAUAAAGAAAGAGCUCACCCAGAUAAAGUAUCGCAUCGACAGUUUGCUGGACAGUUUGGACAGGAUGGAGAAGGAACGCAAAGCUUCACCGGAGACGAAGGCGGAGAGCGUGAUCACGAAAGACUGUAUCCCUGGCGACGGCGUGGUGGAUAACCCUGACGAUACAACAGCCGACGAGCAGACAGAAGGUGACGCCAUGGAUGGGGCAGAGCUGGAAGGAGAUGAAAUCCUGGAGGAAGGUGAUGGAGUGGAGGACGACUUUGACGAGGAAGGCACGGAUGAGCUGUGAGUAACAGCCAACAGGGAAACCAGACGACAAGAUAAGAAGCAAAGAGGCAGCUGCAACGUCCAUCACCUCCACUCAACAAGGCACAGCCCAGAAUCUUCCGGACCGUAUGGAAGUGGUCUCACCAUUGGCUCCGGUGCGCGCACUGCCUUUUCCUGAAAACCCCACUGCUUCCUUUCUCCGAUUCUGACUGUGCUCGGGAAGCCCGCGGUCCCGUUUGUAUAAUAGCUGUACAUUUUCCCUCCCUCCUCCCCUCCCCGGAUCCCAGUGGGUUUUUAUUUUCAAUGACGACCAUUCUCGGUUUGUAGGGGACCGGGGAUGUUUUCUGAAAAUAGAUGUGAAGAGGGAAUGUUACACUUUACGAAAAGAAAAAUCUUCAUAACCGUCUUGUGUCUUGUUUGAGCACCUCCUCCUCUCUCCCCCACCCCCUGUCUGUAUAUGUGUGCAGAGUUGGUGCAUGAGAUAGCCAAGGUAAAGAAGGUGAGAGCUCCUUAUUCCAGAGACCUGAGGCCUUUAUUCCAGGCCUGUGCAAUACCGAGAGAGUGCAGCAAAGCCAACGGUUCUGCUUUUCGGAUGAGACUCUGAGCCGAGACCCCAGCUGCCCUCCUCAGGUAGACAUUAAGGAUCCCACGGCACCUCUACAAAGAAGGGCAGGUGGGGGCAUGGUGGAGUUUUAUUCCUUGAUACCCAUCAUUAAGACAGAUUACCUGAUCAUUGACCUGUUUGCUGAUUGUGAGAUCUUGCUGUCUGCCACUUGUGUGAUGCUUUUUGUUUUCUCCAUCAUUUCUGCACUUUGAAGGGUAUACAAUUGGCUGUGAAGCAUUUUGACAUAUCUAGAGGCUUCCAAAACAAGCUACGGAAAUGCACUUUUUUUUGGUGUAGGUUCAGAUGCUUCCGGCAUCUUGUCGACUGCCCAGCGUGUUGCUGCACGUCUUGCCUGGCAAAUCGGCGUUCAUCGGGUUUGAUCGGGUAGUUCCUCAGAAGGCUGUGCAUUUGUUUCCUGGUGCCUUUGCUGGCAUACCUACUGAUAAGGGGAUCCUAGGGGUUAUGAAGCUCUACCCACCACUGCUAGCAGAGUGGGAUGUAAAGUUAAUACGUUGCUUAGCCGUCUGUGCCCCUUGGCUUGGGGACGGGUGGAGGAUGCUAAUCUCAGGCCUCAGGCUAAUCACCAGGCAGUGUUGGAAGAGAAGAAGUGUCAAAGCAAGUGGAAAGGAGCCUCCAACAUCGAAAGGAGGAUAAAGGAAUGCAGCAGCAGAAGGGCACUAAUGGGCCCCUCAAGCCGAUUCCAUGAUUUCACUGCACCCACUAGUCUGAAUCUUAAACCUACUUACCACUUUGGUUCCAGACUCCUUAAUGUCAUUGCCUCUCACAAAUCUAUCCAUCUCAGAUUUGAAACUGCCCCACCUGAACCCCACCAAUGUUAUUUUUACCGGGACAGCGUUCCAGAUGGCUAUUCUUUAUGUAAAUAUAUCAUUUCAACUUUAAUUGUAAGUGGCCCAGCUUUGAUAUUUGGUCAUCUCUAUGCUGCCCCCCCCCACUAACCCUACCCAUGACCAUGACUGAUUCGCUUAUCAGACAUACUAGUUUCUAUCUAACCUAUCACAGUUAGAUCUCCCCUUAAUUUCCUAUACCCAAUAUAUAGUGUAUCCUGUUCCACUAAUGCCAUUCUGGUGAAUCUGUGGUAGAGCCUUUGUCUUUGUUGAGGCUGAAUGCAGUACUCCAGAUGGGGGCUAAUGAUUAUAGAAUCCCUACAGUGAGGAAACAGGCCCUUCAGCCCAACAGGUCCACACUGACCCUCCGAAGAGUAACCCACCCAGACCCAUUCCCCUACCCUACUACUCUACAUGUACUCCUGAUUGAUGCACCUAACCUACACAUUCCUGGUCACUAUGGGACAAUUUAGCAUGGCCAAUUCACCUAACCUGCACAUCUUUGCACUGUGGGAGGAAACCAGAGCACCCGGAGGAAACCCACGCUGACACGGGGAGAAUGUGCAAACUCCACACAGACGGUCACCCGAGGCUGAAACCGAACUCGGGUCCCUGGCGCUGUGAGGCAGCAGUGCUAACCACUGAGCAAGUUAUAUUCUAUCAUAUAACAGAAAUAAAAAUCCUUUUUGAACACAAAACCCAUGGUCUAGUCCAGCAGCGACUGUUCAGCUAAUGGGAUUAAAGGGUCACAGAAUUGUUAUGAGAGCUAGUCUGCCCAUUAUUGUCUGUGCUGGAUCUCUGAAUCAACAACUAUCUUUGUGCCAUUCUACUGCCUUCCCAGCAAAUCCUUCCUUUUCAGAGAAUAGCCUAACUCCCUUUUGAAUGUUUCAGUUCAACUCCACCUCACCCUUGAUCAGCAUUCCAAAUCUGAGCCACUCGUUCCUGUGAAAAUCUUAUUCUCACAUCCCCUUUGCUUCGUUUGACAAAUACAUUGAAUCUGUGUUCUCCUGUUCUCCAUCCUUUUAUAGACCAUAGGAAUGGGCCCUUCAGCCCACGCUGUUGAGCUGAACAUGACGCCAAAUUAAACUAAUUCCUUCUGCCUAUCCUUGGUCCAUAUCCCUCCAUUCCUUGCAUAUUCAUUUGCUUAUCUUAAAGCCCCUUAAAAGCCCCUAUCAAGUCUGCCUCUGCCACCACCCCUGACAGCACGUUCCAGACUUCUGCCACUCUCUGUGUAAAAAAACUUGCCCCUUCAAAUCUCCUUUGAACUCCCCCCCCAACCCCUCACCUUAAAUGCAUGCCCCCUCCCCAGCCCAGAAUUAGACAUUUCAACUCUGGGAAAAAGAUUCUUACCGUCAACCCUAUCCAUGCAUCUCAUAAUUUUAGAGACUUCUAUUGAAUCUCCCCCUGCCGCUCCAGAGAAAACAACCCGAGUUUUUUCAGCCUCUCCUUAUAUAACUCAUACCCUGUAAUCCAGGCAGCAUCCUGGUAAACCUCUUCUGCUCUCUAUCCACAUCUUUACUUGAAUGUGGCAAUUGGAAUUGAACACCAUACUCUUUCAUGAAUGAGAACAAUUUCUCUCUGUCUAUGGCCCUUGUGGUUCUGAAUAGCUGGGGUGAAGGUCACUGGGCUACCUACACUUGAAGCUCCAACAAGCUCCCUGUCCAUUCUGAAGAUUAGAUUCAUGCACUGCAUUGACAGCACUUUACUGCACAAAUGUUCCCUAUUGUUGUGUUACACUGGCUCAGUCAUGAUGAAUUGAUUGGCCUUCAUCUAUUCCAUUGCAGUUUAAGUGCUGUGUCAAGUCAAGCACAGAAAGGCAGCGUAAUGCUGGGCAGUAUGUGACUCACGUGUUUAUACUGCCCCAUCUGCAAUCCUCACCUGGCAUUGGUCUGUUGUGAGAAUCUCAAUUGUUGACAACUGGAGGGUCACUGGUCAAGAACGUUCCCUGUCACUGUGAGAUCAGCACACCACAAAGUGGGAGGUCAAACUGAGGGGGAGAUGGAGAUGGCAUUGAGGGCACCAGUGAUGGUGAAAUCAUGUGUCAGACCAGGAUAACUGAAUGAGAGAAAGGGCUGGGUAAAGGACUGAGAUGGCGAAUCACCCAGGGUGGAAGGUAACACAGGAACCUGAAACCAUCACGGCUUCAAAGAUGGGUUGAGAAUUCAUAUGUACCCCCUAAAAUGUGAUUAUUCCAUGUGAUUAGCAUGAACUAAUCAGUAAUGACAGUGGCUAGUCGCGGAAUUUUUAAUGGUAGUCGGAACUCAAUUCUGACACACUGUGUCACUCUGCCUCUUUUCCUGGAUUUUACCAGCGUACCACGGAGCACUAGCUAAUGAGGUGCUUGCCAAAAAGUCCAGUUUAAUUUCUUUUUAUUUUAAAUGAACAAAUUGACCCACAUCUUCAAAUUGUAACUUCUGUGAAUAAGGUUGCUGUCUCAUCUAAUCACCAGUGAGGCGCCACCAUGGAGGAGGAGGAGGUGCAGAAAUCAGAGUACAUGUUUUAUGUAUAUUUGAGUGUAUUAUACUGUUCAGUGUUUGGUUUCUUUUUUGUUCACUAUUUAUAGUUUUUGAAGUGCUUGUUUUUCACUUGUGACUCAUCCCCCGGCCUGUCCUCUUCCCCUUCCGCACCCUCCUCACUUGCACGGUGUUGGCUGCCAGGUUUUCAGGCCAUGCCUUUGUUGUGAGAAAGUUUGGACCUACUCUCUGCAAAGGACUGCUUCAUUUGUGACCUGGAGAGUGGGUAAAUGUUUGCCAGCCAAAGAGGGUUCAGCUAUUCUUGCAAAUGUGCUUGGAAAAUGCUAUUUUAAAAAGAAAAGUCACAGUACAGUCCAGACUGGUGUCGCGUUGAAUGCUAUCUGUACCUGCUAAUAUCAAAGGGGCAGUCUGAAUUGGAGUGGUGGACUUUUAACCAGAUCUCACACUGUAAAUCUCAAACUGCUCAUUCUUAAAAUGACAACUUCACUCAAAGAAGCCCAAAGCAGAAUUUCCCAAACAUUGCAACCCCAUGUACUUCAAACUUAGCAUGUUUCCCAGAUCCCAACAAAAAAACAAACCAGCAGCAUAUAUAUAAAGAAUACAGUUAUUAAACUAUGUGUGUUGCAGAUCUACACUCAUAAGUAAGAAAAAUAAAUAAAUAAGAGAAUCUCCAUUUUAAUUAACUUUUUAAAAAUCUUACUUUAUGCACGUUUCAGUAAAUCUCUCCCUAUUCCCCAGUGACAGAAGCCUCAGUGAAGGCCCCCUGAUUCCUGUUUCCUUGCCAGGAUGCCACUGCAUCCUGCUGCACUCUGGUGCCUGUCAUGAAGGCAGCCAUCUGAAUGUUGCACUGUACCCCCUAGAAAGAUGGCAGCCAUGCAAAUAUCCUGCUAUACUUCGCCCCCUAAAAAGAUGGUGGCCAUGCAAAUGCCUGGCUGCAUUUUCCUCCUAUAACGAUGAUGGCUGGAAAGAUGUAUCAUCACUGGGAGAAGCCCAGCAGCCCUUGCAGGGAAUUGAGAUUGCCACCAUAACUAUUGCUUCUGAGACCCUAACAAGGGUCACGACCCACAGUUUGAGAAGCGCUGGCCCAAGACUAUCGCGUGGGAUUUGUUAUUGGAGGUUUUAUCACGUCACCUUCAUAUCCAACUGUCCAGACUUCAGCUAUUGGUCAUUUCUCAAUGCCCACUACCUUCCAAGCCAACUGAGAGGUGAACAAAUCUUCAUGAUGUGAUUGGAUGAUCCUUGACUGUUGACCACGCAGCUCAUUCUGAAACACACGUUCAAAGAAAACGAAACAAGAGAAAGUCACCCACAAUUGAUUUCAAUUUCGUUUCCUUUUUAGUUUCCCACAGCGAUGUCCAUGGAGGUUAAUGUCCAACACCUGGAGACUGCAGUGCACUCCUGAAGUUUGGCAGUUCUAUAGAUAGCGUAGGGUACUUGAGCAUGGGCUUGAACUCAGGCAAAAUCUGUGAAGAUCCAAUCAAAAUGGGGCAUCCCAAUUGGAUUUGAAUAUAAUGGAUUUUAGUUUCGUUUCUACAAUGUAGCAGGCUCCGAGAGAUACCAUGCACUCUUGUACAAGUGCUGGAUGAUGCAGUCUGAAUGUUUCUGUUCACACACAAUCUUUCCUUCUUGGUUCUCUGUCCUUGCUGUUUCUGGUAAAGUGACUUCCAUCUUGAAAGUUUCAGUCAACCCACUUACAUUUCUAAUAGUCACAUUAUUUCUUGCUGUAAUUUCUAGCUUAAUAGCAGUGUUGAAGAAGAGUUGUUGGAAUAACAUUAGUCAUCUGACAAUGAUGACUUAAAGUGUAAAAAUUAAACUUCUAAAGAAGUUCAUUCAUGGGAUGUCGUGGUUGAUAGCAAGGUCAGCAUUUGAUGCUCAGCCCUAAUUGCCCUUCAACUUAUAGCAAAGUGUAUUUAAAAUUCAAUAACAUUGCCUUUGAUCUGAAGCAGGUAGCAGGACAACAAUAAGGCUGGCAGAUUCUCUUCUGAGAGAGGACGGCAAUGAACUUUUACAACGAUCAGUGCUAACUUCCCUGUCUCCAUGGCGGAGUCCAGAUUUGAGUCAUUGAAUUUCAAUUCUAUUCACUGCCUGAGCUUCAGCAGCAUCAGUCUAGUGGUAUUACCACUGCCCGACCAUCACCCUCUGUAAUAAAGAUAACUGAGAUGCAACACAUUAAGGCUAUUCUUUCAUCUAAUCUAUUCACUUCUAUGGUUACACACACAACUCAUCCCAGCCAACACCAGCCCAGCCAUUCAUCUCAUGUCAGGGCACAUGGUUACAGCCCCAUUGAUUUGAAUUGGAUUAGCUUUAUUGUCACAUGCACUCGAAUGUGUGUAAUGAAAAGUUUGCACUGGCGCCACUUAUGGCGCCAUCUUAGAUAAUAUGAAACCAAGAUACAGACACUUAAGUAUUUGAUGUAAAAUCGAAAAAAUAAUAUAUAUAAGGACCAGCAUAAGAAUGAAAAGGAAAAACAGAAAAUGUACUCAAUUUACUGUCCGUGUGGAAACAUAGCCUCCAGACCACACAGGGCCCAGUCUAUAGCAACAUUGGGCUUCAAAACUCAAGGCAUAACCACCCCUCGGCGGCUUCCAGUCUGGGACUCAACCACCCGCUGCGGCCUCCAGUCCAGGAUCCACUCUCCCGCGGUGGCCUCAGGUCCAGGACUCACCUCCCUGUGGUGGUCUCUGUCCAUGACUAACCUCUCCACGUUGGUCUCCAAUCCAGGACUCACCUCUCCCCAUUGGUCUCCAGUCUAGGACUCACCUCUCCCCAUUGGUCUCCAAUCCAGGACUCACCUCUCCCCAUUGGUCUCCAGUCCAGGACUCACCUCUCCCCAUUGGUAGCCUGUCCAUGACUAACCUCUCCCUAUUGGUCUCCAGUCCAGGACUCACCUCUCUCCAUUGGUCUCCAGUCCAGGACUCACCUCUCCCCAUUGGUCUCCAGUCCAGGACUCACCUCUCCACAUUGGUCUCCAGUCCAGGACUCACCUCUCCCCAUUGGUCUCCAGUCCAUGACUAACCUCUCUCCGUUGGUCUCCAGUCCAUGACUAACCUCUCCCCAUUGGUCUCCAGUCCAGGACUCACCUCUCCCCAUUGGUCUCCAGUCCAGGACACACCUCUCUCCAUUGGUCUCCAGUCCAGGACUCACCUCUCUCCAUUGGUCUCCAAUCCAGGACACACCUCUCCACAUUGGUCUCCAGUCCAUGACUAACCUUUCCACAUUGGUCUCCAGUCCAGGACACACCUCUCCCCAUUGGUCUCCAGUCCAGGACACACCUCUCUCCAUUGGUCUCCAGUCCAGGACACACCUCUCUCCAUUGGUCUCCAGUCCAUGACUAACCUCUCUCCAUUGGUCUCCAGUCCAGGACUCACCUCUCCCCAUUGGUCUCCAGUCCAGGACUCACCUCUCCACAUUGGUCUCCAGUCCAGGACUUACCCUCCUGCGAUGGCCCUCAAGUCCCUGACUUGCCUUCUCCUUUCCCAUCUGAGUAAAUUUUAAAAGUUUUUAAAAAUUUAAAAGGUCUUAGGAUAAACACAAACAGCAGAAAGAAAAAGGAGAUGAGCUCUGACAUGGGAGCCAUAUUGAUGUAGAACAAGGACAAGUGGGGACAUUGUGUCCUGAAUUUGAACAUAGGAAUUGGUAUCUGCCUCUGAGCCCAUUGAGCCUGUUCCUCUAGUCAAUUAAAUCAAGUCUGAUGUGGACCUCAAACCUAUUGAGGCUGCCUUAGUUUCCACAAUGACACCUAACCAAAGAAAAAGAAUCAAUGACAUUUUGAGAGAGUCAGUGCAAGAUGUCCACUACCUUGUCCAUGGAAAAAUCCUUCCUCAUUUUACUCCAAAAUGACCCAGCUCUAAUCAUUUUAAGACUAUUCCUCCAUUUUCUGAUUAUUUUUCCACCAGAGAAAAUGGUGUCUCCCUACUUGCCUGAGGAAAUAAUAAUUAAAGUAUUAUUUCAGCAUCAGCCCCUCAAAGCUUUUGAAGUUUAAAAGAAUCAAAGUUAAUAUAACCAAUGCUCAGUGUGCUUUUUCAUUAAUUCUUUCAUGAGAGAUGUUUGUUGCGGUAAAGGACAGCAUUUAUGGCUGGUAGAGGUGUGGGUUUUGGAAGGUGCUGCUGAAGGAGCUCUACUGAGCUGCUGCAAUGCAUCUUGUAGCUCUUCAAGUUCUGCUAUUUAAGUUCUGUGACCAUUCCAAUGCCAGUAUAUCACACCUGAGGUAUGGUGUGUAAAAUUAAAUGCAGCACCUCAGCUGAACUCCACAAAAGGCUCCAUAUAAAAUAUGGCUUUACCUUGCUUCACUUUGUAGCUCAAUUCCCUUGAGACAACAGACAACUUUCCAUUCACCUUUUUGUUUAUUUGUUGUACCUGUCCACCAAGUCUUGUACAUUUACAUCGAAAUCGCUUUGCUCCUCCACAGCUCCCAGUCUCACAUUAUCAGGGCAAUAUUCCCUGUCUCUCUCACAUCCAAAGUAGAUGAGCUAACACAUUGAAUACUGCCUGUUAUUGUUUUGCCAACUCAUUUGAUCUGUCUUAAUCCUUUUGUAAUUUCCUACUCAUCAAAGUGCCUCCUAACUUAGUGCAAUCUACAAACUGGAUAUUGUUUCAUCGACGUCAUUAAUAAAUCCGGUGAAAAGAUGGAGCCCUGGUCAACUUGGCACAUCCUGACAACCACAGAACAAACUUUAUAUCCAUCCUUUCUGGCUUCUACCUCCGAACUAAUAUCAGUCCGCUUUGCAAGAGUGUGUGGUCUCCUUGUUGCUAAUCUCUUGUUUGGAGGCUUAUCAAAGCACAACAAAGGACAUUAGAAACAAGAGCUUCCAUUUGUGAUUCAAGCCAAAGCAGUAGGGUUGGUUCCCAUUCUGUACACAAUAGGCGCCAUAGUCUUUUGCAUGUUUAAGGGUGUGUUACUUGUAGUAAUUAAAUGUACUCCUACGAGGGUAGAGUUGGAUUUCAUGUGAAAUUAAUAAAAUAUUAUAAAGAUUAGAAACUCUUUCCCAACUUUCU